UUCCGGGUCGGACCUGGCCGGUUUUCCGGUCUUGCGCAGUAGACCCCAAGCCAGUGACCUGCUGCCCCGUUGCUAUGGUAGUAGGCAACCGGGAGCUAGCAGGCUAGGUAGGGUGGGAGUCGCUGUGACUGCACUGAGCGAGGCGGCAGGAUCACAGAAUGGGCUGAGGCAGCGGCGGCUGCCCGGACGAAGUCGACGGUGGGGAAAGAGGCGCGGCACUUGUCUGGGACUCUAAGACUCCUGGUUUGAGGAGCGGGCGGGACCGAGGUUUUCUUGGGUCCCGGGGCCUGAUCUGUUGGUGACUGCAGCUUUGCGGAAAACUUAUAUUUGAUGGGGCUUGACGAGACGUGUGGGAACCCUACCCAUGAUGAAUAGUGACAUGUAGUGAGAGCAUCUUAAAGCUUGGUGGGAAUGAUGGAGACAGUAGCAAGUUCCCCCAAGUUCUGGUGGUGGCCGAAGCCACAUAAAGACACCCUGCUGCCGAACUGGCAGAGUUCCCAGAGACAAACGCGACUCGUGGAAAAGAAUCCUAGUUUUCCUUUUCCCGUAAUUUAAAGUAUUAGUUUAUUGUGAUAUUGCAUUAUCCACGUUGAAUAAAUAAAGGUAUGAAUGUUUAAUCUUCUCCCCCCCCCCCCCGCACCCUUUCUUUCCAUAAAGAAAAAACCGGACUUCAAAAUGGAGAUGUAUGAAACCCUUGGAAAAGUGGGAGAGGGAAGUUAUGGAACAGUCAUGAAGUGUAAACAUAAGGAUACUGGGCAGAUAGUGGCCAUUAAGAUAUUUUAUGAGAAACCAGAAAAGUCUGUCAACAAAAUUGCAAUGAGGGAAAUAAAGUUUCUAAAGCAAUUUCAUCAUGAAAACCUGGUCAAUCUGAUUGAAGUUUUUAGACAGAAAAAGAAAAUUCAUUUGGUGUUUGAAUUUAUUGACCACACAGUUUUAGAUGAGUUACAACAUUAUUGUCACGGAUUAGAGAGUAAACGACUUAGAAAAUACCUCUUCCAGAUUCUUCGAGCAAUUGAAUAUCUCCACAAUAAUAAUAUCAUUCAUCGAGAUAUAAAACCUGAGAAUAUUUUAGUAUCCCAAUCAGGAAUUACUAAACUCUGUGAUUUUGGUUUUGCACGAACACUAGCAGCUCCUGGAGAUGUUUAUACGGACUACGUGGCCACACGCUGGUAUAGAGCUCCAGAAUUAGUAUUAAAAGAUACCUCUUAUGGAAAACCUGUGGAUAUCUGGGCUUUGGGCUGUAUGAUCAUUGAGAUGGCCACUGGAAAUCCCUAUCUUCCUAGCAGCUCUGAUUUGGAUUUACUUCAUAAAAUUGUUUUAAAAGUAGGCAAUUUGACACCUCACUUGCAGCAUAUCUUUUCUAAGAGUCCCAUUUUUGCUGGGGUGGUCCUUCCUCAAGUUCAACACCCCAAAAGUGCAAGAAAAAAAUACCCAAAGCUAAAUGGAUUGUUGGCUGACAUAGUUCAUGCUUGUUUACAAAUUGAUCCUGCUGAGAGGAUGUCAUCUACGGAUCUUUUGCAUCAUGAGUAUUUUACUAGAGAUGGAUUUAUUGAAAAAUUCAUACCAGAACUGAAAGCUAAAUUGCUACAAGAAGCAAAAGUCAAUUCAUUCAUAAAACCAAAAGAGAAUUCUAAAGAAAAUGACUUUAUGAAAGAUGAAAGAAAAACAAUUUAUACCAAUACACUGCAAAGUACUUCAGUUUGGGGAAAGGAAUUGGUAAAAGAGAAAAAGCCCAAGGAGAUCAAAGUCAGAGUUACUAAAGUUAAAGGAGGGAAAGGAGAUAUCUUAGAACCAAAAAAGAUAGUGUGUGAAGGUGGACAUUGUCAACAGGUUGCAGCUGAAGUUGUUUAUACUAUGUCUCAAGAUACAAAACCCGUAAUCAGUGAGCCACCAAACCCUGUCAAUCCCAGCACUAACUCUAUAGGCAUGAAAGAUGAUCCAUGUGCUGGAGGCAGUAUGGUGAUGCCACCCAUCAAUCUAACUAGCAGUAACUUGAUGGCUUCAAAUCCCAAUUCAGAUCUCUCCCACUCCAAUUCAAGGUUAACUGAAAGAGCCAAAAAGAGACGUACGUCUUCACAAUCUAUUGGACAAGUUAUAUCCAACAGGCAUGAGGAUACAGGUUCCACUCAAAGCCAAAUGGAGAAGUGUGUGUUUAAUGAGCAAACCAGCCAAACUGACCAAAUGGCAAAUGGAAACAAAAGGAAGCUGAAUUUUUCCAGAUCUGACAGGAAAGAAUUCCAUUUCCCAGAAUUGCCUUUCAUAAUACAAUCAAAGGAGAUGAAAGGAAUCGAAGUGAAACAGAUAAAAGUGUUGAAGAGGGAAUCAAAGAGAGCAGAUUCAUCUAAAAUACCAACUUUACUUAAUGCAGAUCAAUAUCAAGAAAAACAAGAGGAUGGAGAUGGACAUUGUAAGGGGAAGAAUUUGAAGAGGAACAGACUUUUUUUCUGGUAG